AUAAUUACUCAGGUUUUAUAAAGUACUUAUAGCUAAGCGCUUUUGGCCUUUAGCCAAAGGAACCAACAACAAAAUAGUCCGCAUAAAAAUACAGCGUUGAAACGACAAAGCAAAACCGCAGAACGAAAGUAAAUUUAUAUCAUCCAUUGUUAGAACCGUUGACGUGUUAUUACUCUGUCAAUGGCAUACGCUUUUUACAAAGAAAUCACUUCAAUUCUAACAAUUCAUUUAAAACUUUCAUUUAACAAAGCGAUACAAGCAACAACAGUACUUAGUUCUUGAAUAAAUUUGCAAAAUGGACGCAACAGAUUUAAAUUUUGAAGAAAUGUUCAAAAUUGCCACCGUUUCCAUGAGAUUGAACCGAUCACAUCCAUCCAUUGCUCGCGACAGACGCUGGAAGAUCCAAUUCUCCGUUAUAAUGAUGAUAACAUUCUCUUGUUUUCUCUUCCUUUCCUAUUCAAUAUUCUGUCAUGACAUCAAAUUCGGAAAAUUCGCCGAAGCGAGCAAGAAUGGGACGAUGGUCAUAGUGUCUUUGACGAUUACUUUGAAGUAUAUCGUACUCCUGCAUCACCAAGAAUCUAUAAAAGAGCUAAUUAACAUCAUGGAGAGAGACUAUGCAGCUGCUCAGGACUUCUGUAAUGAGGACAAGGAGAUAGUGGUUCAGUAUGCUAAAAGAGGUGUAACUGUAUGCAAAUUUUGGCUCGUGUUCGGUUUCGGUACUAGCGCUAUCUUCCCGAUAAAAGCUUUUGUACUAAUGGGGUAUUAUUACUGGAAAGGGGAGUUUGUUCUUGUUCCUCUCUUUGACCUGACCUACCCCCAACCAAUAGAAGACUAUAAGGAUGUUACGAUAUUUUUCUGGCUUUUAUUUAUUUUUACUUUUUCUUUUGACGUGUACGCUUCGUCAAUGUAUGUAGGGUUUGAUCCUAUGGUGCCGAUAUUCAUGUUGCAUACAUGUGGUCAACUGGAUCUGCUUAGUCGACACAUUAGUACAUUGUUUGUUAGUGCGAAUAAGGAAGAAAUAGAAGACGGAUUAAAGAAGAUCAUUUCAAAACAACAGGAUCUUUGCAAGUUAGUGGACCGCGUGAAGAAAAACUUUUCCAUUUUAUAUGAAUAUAACAUGAAAGCGACUACAUUUUUAUUACCACUAACAACGUUUCAGAUAGUUGAAGAUUUGCGAGAUAAACGGAUAAACGUCGAGUUUAUUUCAUUCUUUGUUGGCUGCAUAUUGCAUUUCUUCAUGCCCUGUUACUACAGCGAUCUUUUAAUGGAAAAGAGUGAAAAAUUUCGUCAAGCAAUAUACUCGUGCGGUUGGGAGAAACAGCCAGACAGACGUAUACGACAGAUUGUAUUGUUCAUGAUAACAAGGGCCAGGAUCCCUUUGGGCAUCACCACAGUGUUUUACGAGAUUAAUCUAGAUACAUUCGCUGAGAUGUGCCGUCAAUCCUACGGGAUCCUGAACUUGAUGAAUGCAGCUUGGGAAUAAAAAUAGUAUAAUUAUAUAAAUAUUCAUAGCAUAUAAGAUAUUACUAGAUUAUUUAACAUAUUAAUUUAAACACCACAAAAUAUA